AGAUAUUUCAGAUGUGAUCUUUUUGUUCCCAUUUUGAUUAAACCAAACGGUGAUGCAGAUCUAAAUCUAAAACUGAAAAGCUCACUUGGACAGGAUGGGGAGAAGGUGAGGUGUUUUGCAGUCGAGCCGCCGUGUUUGAAAGUCACACACAAAGUCAAAUGACCGCCAGAAAGAAUGACGUUGGCUCGGUCAGGUGUAGGACGGAUUCAAGUCACCGUCUGAGCGAGGAGAGGAGCUGACGGCCGCGGAGCCAAUCUGUCACUGACGUCUGCAUCGGGUCGAUAGUGUGACGGUGUUCGGAUGCUGCAGUAACAACUGACAGUGACUGUCUGAUUUGUUUGUGAUAGUUAUGCCGAAACUCAAAAUUAAGAAUCUGAUGCAAAUUGAGAUUUUCCACCUUUUAAAAUGUAAGUUUUCUACAGGUUUGUUGAAAAAUACAGGACGAAAAACAAAGUGCUGGUGGUGCGACACAUUUCUGUCUUCUGCUAUCGUUUACGUAUGGAUUCCAUUUAUUUGCUUUCCAUUGGUGGAGACAAAUCAUUUUGACAUUUUCACUUUUGUUUCCUGUUCAGUUCUGAAGAGACCGGUGAGCACGGAAGAGCUGCAAAAACCAGGAGGACCCUACAUCAAGAAAACGUUUACAAUUGUGGGCGACGCUGUGGGUUGGGGGUUUGUGGUGAGAGGAAACAGGCCGUGUCACAUCCAGGCUGUGGAGCCCUGCGGCCCAGCUGCCGCUGCAGGGAUGAAGGUUUGUCAAUUUGUGGUGUCGGUCAACGGUCUCAACGUUCUGAAUCUGGACUACCGGACCGUCAGCCACCUGAUCCUGACAGGACCCAGAACCGUGGUGAUGGAGGUGAUGGAGGAGACUGACCACUGAGGAAUGAAAGACACACUGAUGUAUGGACAGUGCAAGUAGAAGCUGAGAAUGCUACGUGUGGUGUUCUGGCUUUGAUGAAACAGUUACUAAUGCGUGCGUCCUCGCCGAGGUUUUCUCCAGAGGACUGCGAACACACAACAGUGAAACAGGUGGAACCUUGUUAGGAAUUACGCGGGAAACGUUCUGUCCUUAAAUCGCUGAACUGAGGGAGGACACUUGUUUUCAGAUUGGUCGGCUGAAGAUUUAACUAAAAGGUCAACACUUGUGUCGAGUGGAAGCCACAUCUUCUUGGGAAGCUUGGGACGUUUUGAAUAGCGUUAAAAAGUCGCCCCCCCCCAAAAAAAAUAAAAUAAAUAAAAGAACCAACUCGAAUCCAACAGUCUCUAGAGAUGGAGAUGACUCUCAGAAAUGGACUCUGGGCAGAGCAUGUCAAUGCUACGUAGGCAAACAAUGGUAUUAUUGUCUGUGUACAUAGAAUAGCUGCUCAGCUCAGAGGCAGACCGAUUGAUUGCAUGAAGCAGGUUUAGGCUGCCCUCUCUUGGGUCUCAAACACAUAGCGGGGGUUUGGGAGUGAUGCACUGCAAUUUUAGUCCGGGUCUGACUCAAGCGGUCGGCUUAAUGUUGGAGCCCAAGCCAAGCUAAACACUGGGCGAAUAAAGACGCCGCAUUAAGAAGCUUUUCGCCUUCGUGCCCCUCAACGCAUCGGCACUAUUGACUUCCUCUGGCUGAACCGGGCUGACUCGAAAACAGAACCGAAAACAAAACAAGAUAAUAUCUUGACAUGAUUCUUGGCUGCGUUUAAAAUAUAUUGGACAUAACGGUUCGAAUUGUGAUAUGUUUUUUCAUGCCCGUUGACAGUCUGGAGAUGCUCCUGAGUUCAUCGUGUGACUCAAAGUUUUGACUGCGACCACAGUUACCGUUUUGCAUCUUACUGUUUCCUGGGGAUGCAGAAGUGUUCCCCUAAUGGCUACUAGACGCCGUCACCAAAAAGAGAAUGUCUCUCCUACCUAGUCUCUCGAGGGCUUACGGAGAUCUGCGUUUGAGCCGGUGUUUGCUUAACUGACAGGUGUAUCAGCCUGUCGCAGUCCACCAUGGCCGCUACCUGCUCGUCCCACCUGUCAGUCCGGCAGAUGGGUGAAGUCAUCUUCCCUGGACUCUAUGCCAAUGACGCUUCAGUUGCGGUAGCAGGCAUUAUUUUCUUUGUCUCAUUCGAACUACCCCGUUCAUUUAUUUAUUCCAAACAGGCUUUUAUUCUGAACUUUAAGCUCAUUGCUAUUUG